AUGACGCCUUGCCAAACCAAGAUGCCACAGCCUAUCCUCAGCUACGAUGACAGCGGAGUCACCGAUGCAUUUAGUGUGGCGAAAGCAGAAACUGGCGGUUCACUACAGCCCCAUGGACCCAAUGGCCUGGGGCUGAAAGGGUUUAAGGAGAUGACCCUGCAACUGCUUUCUUGUGGCUGGUAUAACCACACUGUGGCUACGACUUCGUACGCAUACGAAUCGAAUCGCAACAUUGGCAUCGUUCGGAUACGUCCACCUGUGGCUGUAUUUUCGGCUCUUGAUACUAUUGGUUACCAAUCCGCUCGCUUCCCACGGACACACCCUAAGCUUCACGAUGCGAUGCACGAUGGGGUCCGAAAUACUACGCAAAAGGAGCGGAGUCGUACUUCCUUCACCGCUGGCCCCGUGCCAGCGCUUCGGUCCGGUCCCAUAACCCUCAGGCGUCUAUGGAGACCGCCGAUCUACUUUCCUCCUUUCUGUCAACCUCUUUCCCAGAUUGUCGGAAUCCCUCUCCUUCAUUAUCAAAACAGUCUUCCAUGCAUUUGGUCCCUGAUCCCAUGUGAUCCGUCUAUUCGCCAAAAAUAUCAUAACGCUGCUCGUAAUGCCCAUUUCAAUAUCCGGUUUGAGACAUUCCUGUUCCACGACCUGAGGAAAUUAUCUCCACCGCCUUAA